GAAGAAGGACUUUCCCAGCCCAGGAGGAAGCAGUCCCCCUUGAAGUCCAGCCUCAGCGAUGCCCUGGAACGUCAAAUGGCUGAACAGCUACCGCGGCCAUGACUCCGCCUCCCAGAAGCAAUGCAAGAAGUCCUCCUUUGCCUUUUACCAAGCUGUGAGGGACCAGCUGCCGGUGUGGCUCUUGGAGGACAUGAGGCUCAUGGAGGCCUUCCACUGGCAAGAGGGCGGCAAGGUCAGCUCCUACUCUCCCUCCGAGGCCCUCCUCUACGCCCUGGUGCACGACCACCAGCCUUAUGCCCAACAUCUCCUCCGUAAGUUUCCCAAGAGCGCCCUGGCCAUACCCAGCCUCCACUUCAGCUGCUGCCAUUCCUCCGCGCCCCACCUGGCCAUGGCCGUCCGCUACAACCGCGUCCACAUCCUCCUAGAGAUCCUCAAGGCCAUCAGAGACUUCCCGGCCGGCGACCGGGCCGGCUAUUUGGACCGCAGAGGGUGCAGUCGAGUGGAAGGUGGCAAAACGGCCCUUCACGUGGCCGGCGAACUGGCCAGGCCCGAAUGCCUGCUUCUGUUGCUCGGCCACGGGGCCUCCCCUUGCCUGACCGACUGCGCCGGCCACACGCCCUUGGACCUCCUCUUGCAGCAAAUCUGGGAGAGCCCCGCCGCAAAUCUGCGCGCCAAGGUCCUCCUCCUCGACUCCCUCUUCCUCUUUGCUCCUCAGGGCUUCCGUUUCUCAAUGAAGCAGCAGCUGCUGGACAACCAACAGCAGUGGCAGGACCUUUUGGGCAAGAACAGGUUCCAGUGGCUGGUUGGCCUCACCCCUUCUUCUCUCUUUGUCAAAUCCAUGCAAGUCUUAAUUGGGACCAUCGCUCCGGGCCAGUUCCCAGAGGCUCUGGAUGCCUUGCCUUUACCUCACUUUCUGAAGCCUUUGGACUUGAAACUGAAAAGUUAAAAGACCUUCGGA